GAGCGGCAGCGCCGGGCCGGGCCCGCCUCCGCCUCCGCGGGGCGCCGGGCGGCAGCACCUGGGGGCGGGGCGGCGGCGGGGCGGGCGCGGAGCGGGGCUACGGGAUGGGAGGUUGAGCGGGGCACGUCUGUGCGUGGAGGAGCGCGGGCGGCUGCUGCUGUUCCCCGGCCGGAGCCCGCCAUGGAGCCGGUGACCAAGUGGAGCCCGAAGCAAGUGGUGGACUGGACCAAGGGCCUGGAUGAUUGCCUGCAGCAGUAUGUCCAUAAAUUUGAACGGGAGAAGAUAAAUGGUGAACAGCUGUUACAGAUUUCCCACCAGGAUCUUGAAGAUUUGGGUAUCACACGGAUUGGACACCAAGAACUUGUUCUAGAGGCUGUGGAUCUCCUAUGUGCUCUGAACUAUGGCCUCGAAACAGACAAUAUGAAGAACUUGGUUCUCAAACUGCGAGCGUCAUCCAAUAAUCUGCAGAAUUACAUCAGCAGCCGAAGGAAAAGUUCAAAUUAUGAUGGGAAUACCUCACGCAAGCCUCCCAAUGAGUUCCUUACUUCUGUGGUGGAGCUUAUCGGUGCUGCUAAAGCCUUGCUUGCAUGGCUAGACAGGGCCCCAUUUACAGGUAUUGCUGACUUUUCCUCAAUGAAGAACAGAAUCAUUCAGCUUUGCUUGGAUCUCACUACUACUGUUCAGAAGGAUUGCACUGUGGCUGACAUGGAAGAUAAAGUUCAAACUGUAUCAAAGACUUUAAAUGGAAUUUGUGAUAAAGCCAUCCGAUCAACUACAGACCCGUUGAUGAGCCAAUGUGCUUGUUUGGAAGAGGUUCAUUUAACCAACAUUAAACCUGGGGAAGGCCUGGGAAUGUACAUCAAAUCAACUUACGAUGGAUUGCAUGUAAUUACUGGAACUACAGAAAAUUCCCCUGCUGAUCGAUCUCAGAAGAUUCAUGCUGGUGAUGAAGUGAUCCAGGUUAAUCAGCAAACUGUGGUGGGAUGGCAACUAAAAAAUCUGGUGGGAAAGUUGCGAGAGAAUCCUGUUGGAGUUAGGCUCCUGCUUAAGAAACGGCCCAGUGGCUCUUUCAGUUUCACUCCUGCUCCGCUGAAGAACCUGCGCUGGAAACCACCCCUAGUGCAGACCAGUCCUCCACCAACUUCAACCCAGUCACCAGAAAAUACCAUGGAUACCUCACUGAAAAAAGAGAAGCCUGCCAUUUUGGAUCUCUACAUACCACCUCCACCAGCUGUUCCAUAUUCUCCUCGAGAUGAAAAGGGGAGUUUCAUUUAUGGAGGAGGAAACAAACCCAGUCAGCUGCUACCUGGGUCCAAGGGUGCCGAAUCUCCCAAUUCAUUUCUGGAUCAGGAAAGUCGAAGGCGAAGAUUUACUAUUGCUGAUUCCGAUCAGUUGCCUGGGUAUCCUGUAGAAGCAAAUAUACUACCAGCCAAGAUGAGGGAAAAAACACAGUCCUAUGGAAAACCUCGUCCUCUGUCAAUGCCUGCUGAUGGGAGCUGGAUAGGAGCUGCAGAACCCUUUUCAAGGCCCCGAGUACCAGGGAGAAAAGGUGAAGAUGUCCUCUGCAGGUACUUCAGUAAUGAAAGAAUACCCCCAAUCAUUGAAGAAAGCCCCUCAUCACAACAUCCCUUUUCAAGGCCAAUGUCUGAAAAGCAGUUAGUGAGAGGAACAGAUUAUAUUCGAGGCAGCAGAUGUUUUAUGAAUACAGACCUCCACAACAGUGCAACAAUUCCUUUUCAAGAGGAAGGUGCUAAAAAAACCGCUGUUACAUCAUCCACAAAAUCUUCCUCUGCAGAGCCCUCGCUGCUGGUCAGUUGGAUCACGAGACUUAAAUUGUUGACUCAUUGACUAUUGUUCACAGGACUGUUACGAAGUGCCUUUGUUCAUCAUUCAGACUUCUCCGCUUUUCAGCCUAACCAAUGCCUAGUGACUAAUGUGGUAUUCUUUUCCUGGAGAAUUUUACAUCUUUCCCUUUUCUUUGUGAUUUUUGAUGGAUUGGAGAGGAUUUUAUAGUGCUAGGAGAGAAGAAAAGAUGAAGUUCCGCUUCCUGCCCAGAAGCAGAGGGCAUUUAUUCCCCUGGAAAUGAGUAAAAUCCCAGUGAUGUAGAGGCCACAUCUGCCUAACUAUUCAGAAGAAAUCAUUGCCUUACAGUCAAGUCCAGUGGCACUUCAUUUGUCUGCAUGCUCAGAGGCUGUGCAAUUGGCUGGGUGUCAGAGUAUGUAGGGCGCAGCAAAAGUUCUCUCUCUCCUGACCAGGAAAGGCAAGGAGGGAAGCAUUGGUUUGAUACAGCAAAUGAGAUUCAGCCUUGUAAGGAAGAAGUGGUAGUAUAGCUUUUCUUUCUCUGAUAUCCAGAGAAGGCUUAGGAAGCUUAAUCCAACUUGAUUUAUAAUCCAUUUUAUUGAAAUCACAGUACAAAUAAAGUGCACUGAACAGCACUGCAUGCUCAUCCAUAAAGAUACAUGGAUUGCUACAACAGGCCAAGGAAAUGCAUCUGUAGAGGUGGUAAAAGAAUAUAUUUUUUUCCUUAAAUGUUUAAGAAUGAUUUGUUGUUAACCAAAGUAAUCUUUAAAGACAGUCUUGUUGGACUUGUAAAAACUUUUACAGUGGUUCAAUUUUUGAAUGAUGUGUUGUUUUUACAAAAGAUAUGUGUUAUGAUACAUUACAAUUGUAAGACAUCAUGCUAUUUUCUAUAUAGCUGAAGGUUUUACCCCUCCAGAAUUUUGAAGUAGCAUUGGGUAUUUUGGGAGAAAAAUAAAACUUGUUUAAAAAAAAGAAAAAAGGAGGAUAUUAAAGAGGUAUUGUUUAAAAAUGUGCACAAGAUUGUUAGUGUGCAAAGAGUUGUGUUUAAAAUAACUUAAAUGUUAAAUAUAGUUGUAUAUAUUUUUUUACUCUCACACAGAUACAGUUUGUACCUUCCUGUCUGCAGUACUGGGCACAAAUUAGUCAAAUGAAAAUGUGUUGUUGUAUUCCCCACCAAUUUCAAGACUUAAGUAUUUUCAUAGAUGAUGUGUUGCCAUCAGCCUUUACUCCUUUGGUCUUACUGAGGACAAUAAGAAAAGUCAGCAUUUAAUAAACUGUGGAGAAAGGGGGAGGUUUGGACAGUGGCACUGUGACUAGGGCAGGAAUCCUAUGUGAUAGCACUAGUAUUAAAAACAUGCCAUAGUUUUGGCUGUGGAGAUGUGACUGUUCUGUACUGCAGCAAGUUUAUGUAAUUGUGUUACAGCCCUGUAGAGAUGGAGUAUUAAGUUCGGUUCACUAUUAAUCACAUUAGAUUGCGACUCACUAGUGAUGUAGGUGGGAGCUGGUUUUGACCUUUUUGAUCAAAGCACAUUAUAAUACGGCUGUCUUGUGCAACCUCUCUCCACCCACAAACAUAGCAGUUGGUAGCAGAGACAUGGCCAGACAGCUGCAGUGCAGUUGAGUACCAGACUGGUUUGGUCCUGCCUCUGACAAAGAGGCUGAAACUGCCUUGCUCUAAGCACAGAGCUUACAGUGGUGUAGUGUAGCCCAGCCCCAAACUGGCUGAAUUGUUUUUAAAAAGUGAUGCUAAUCCAGUGCAGCAACUGUUAUUUAAAGUUUGGAAUGUUAACAAAGUUUUAAAAUGAGUAUUUAGCUCAUCUUUAAUAUCUUGUUUUCCAUGGUGUUAUGCAUUCAUGUGGAAGAAACCAUAGAUGUACUCUGGUACACUUUUAAGACACUGAAAACUCAGGGUUGAUUCCUCUGUUCGGUCAGCUUCACUCGAAGUUUGAUCUAAAAGUAAUAUAAGAAGCUUGCCUUAAUUUAACAGAUAACUUGAAAUCACUGCAGCUAUGAGAAAAGAGGCAUUGUGGUUUUUAAGCACUUGAUGCAAAAGCCAAUUCCUUAUGUCCUGUCCAUUUAAUGUGUGCUCUAGUAAGCUGCCUUGAACUCUUGAUAUUUUUGAUUCCAAGUAUUGUUUACUGCUUACUGUAGGCUACAGACUUUUUUAUGUAAUGUAUGGUAUGUAGGAGUCUUUUCUCUGCAAAGCUGACAUUCUGUUGGCCUCAGAAGAGAUUUUUUUUCUUUCUCUUGGAUUAUCAGAUGGGAAAUUUCCAAUAUCUAUUAUCAGUAAUAAUAGGCUAUUUUGUGUUGCAGUAUCAGUUGCAGAUACUAGGAUCUGUCCCAUUCUCCUUUGCUCCCUCUGUUUUUUGAAAUAUGAGAUAGGCGCAGCUGAAAGACUUACGGGAACAGUCUACCUACAUACUACAGCUUUUUGCUUCCUGUGCUGGUGACAUUGAUUACCCAAAAAAAAAAAAAAAAAAAAAAAAAAAAAAAAAGCAAAUGUAUCAAGCAAGCUCAAAAGAGCAAUAACAGGUAGCUGUAACUUUAAACACUAAACUAAACACAUUCACAUAAGGGAAGGAAAGGUUAAGUGAACAGCAGUUAGCACAAAGAGCCUGACUUUAUCUCUUCAGGGACUUUCUGGCAGCUGCUUCGCCAAUGUAAGUGUCAUGUGAAAGCUGCUCUCGUCCAUCCCAUGAAGCCUCUUGCUAUGUGAUGUGGUUGUAUGUGGCUCUGAGAGGUGACUGCUGAGCCAGGGUGUUUUCCUGGUGUAUUCCCAAACAAUGUGCAAAUGGUUUCUUUACAAAAGAAGGAAGCAUGUAACCCUUGUUCCUUUUUCUCUAUUACAAAACAGUCAUAAUACUAGAAAGGCCUUUGCAAGAGAACUGUAGUAGUAGGUGGUGGAUCAGCCUCUGAUUUGAAGACAAGCUCAGUGUUGCUGCCAGAUGACAGUGCAGUUGGUUGAACAAGCUUCUACAUCUAUAUAUCGGUUAAGUUCUGUAUUUUUCAAAGCAAUGUUGAAGCCCCUCACUGCAUGAACACCAAGUGAGAGGGAAAAUAAAAGUACCAGUGUAGGAGGAAAAAUAAAUGGAAGAUGCAAAGAAGUAAUAGAAAGCAGAUAUUUAAGAGCAGGUGUUAACACUGUUCUAAGAAAAGUAUUCUGCUUCAGAUGGCUUGCUUCCCUAUGUGACCUCCUUUCGCUAGCGAAGAAUAAAGAUUAAGAACCCAA